UCAGUACCGAAAGCUCGAAAUCGACAAAUAAAAUUAUUGAAUUUAGUUAAAAUUCUUAAUAUGUAUUUUGUUGCGGUCUUAUACAAAUUAUUUUACUUUAUUAUUCCUACCGCUAUACCUUCUAAAUCUAUAAUUUAUCUAUUAAACUUUUUGUCUCAUGAACAGUUGAAAAACGUUACGGGAAAGUUUAACAGUAAUAUUAUUGGUAAUAUUACUUGUAUGGAGACGAGCAUGACAGUUUUGAGAAUUAUAAUAUAUGCAAACGCCAAUAUGUUUUAUUUUCAGUAAAUCGAUCUUAUAUAUAUGAAAAACAUUGGAAUUCAGGGCGAGGUUUUGUUUAGUAGUACAUACUGGUAUAGAUGUUGCUGUACACUCGCUAAUUUAUGUCGUAUUUUAACAAAAAAGACACUAUCCGUCGGGUAUGCCGUAAUCAUUGCAAUACAAAAAUCCACCAUAUAAAUGAAUUUCGAUCAAUUAAUAUAAUAUUUGAUCUAAAAACAAGUACUUUAAUGUUAAGAGAAUUUAUUGAUAAUAAAGCGUUAAAUCGUUUUUGUAAAAUAAUCGAUGAUGGAUUUCGUUUUUAUAGACUAUUUCUUGAAGGAUGUAUUGUUGGUGAAACAUUCUUAAUUCAAUUUAUUGAUGCAUUACAAAAAUCAAAUAUGAAAUAUUUAGAUUUAGAAAUUAAUAUGACUAAAGAUUGUUUUAGAAUGAUAAUAAAAAUAUUGAGUACUAUAAGAACAAUAAUUUAUAUUAAUCUAAAUUAUUGUGAUAUAUAUCAGAUAGAUGGAUCAAUGAUUAUAAAUUCAUUAAAAGAAAAUCAAUUAUUGCGUGUUCUUGAUAUUAGCAAGAACAAAAUAGAUAUAAGUAUGGAAUGUAUUUCACAUACAUUAGCAUUAAAUAAAACACUAAGUGUCUUUAAUAUUGGUCAUAAUAAAAUUAGUUUACAUGGUGCAAAAGUAACAGCAUCGAUGUUAGAAAUAACCAGAACACUUUUGUAUCUAAAUAUUAGUGGAAAUUCAUUGACAGAUGAUGGUUUAGUAUCGAUUGCCAAAGCAUUAAAGCUCAAUAAAAGUUUAAUUAGACUCGAUAUCGAUGAAUGUGGUUUUUUUGAUAAAGGUUUAUCAGAACUUUCAAAAGUAUUAACUGAAAAUUCAAUAUUAACCCAUUUGUCAAUGUUUAGAAAUGAGCAUAUUACAGAUGAUGGUAUUAAUACACUUUUAAAUGCUUUAGAAAUUAACAAAACACUUUUGGUUAUUUUCAUAUCGAAUACUACGAUUUCAAAUAUAAUGUAA